AUGGCCUUGAAACUGGACAUGAGCAAAGCUUAUGAUCAAGUUGAAUGGAAUUUUUUGGAAAAAUUGAUGAUGAAGAUGGGCUUUAAUGAAAGAUGGGUGGGAUUGAUUAUGACUUGUGUAAAAACUGUGACUUAUUCUGUGUUGGUCAAUGGUGAACCUAAAGGGCUUAUUACUCUGUCAAGAGGGCUUAGACAAGGAGACCCCCUCUCCUCCUUUCUAUUUCUUCUUUGCACGGGGGGCCUACAUGGUCUCAUCCGACAAGAUGCAAAUAGUGGUGACAUUACUAGCUUUGCACUUUGUAGACGAGGGCCUAAACUCACUCACCUAUUUUUUGCAGAUGAUAGCCUUUUGUUUUGCAGAGCAACCCCUAGGGAGUGUGACAAGGUGAUGGACUUACUUUCCAAUUAUAAGAAUGUGUCUGGUCAAAAGGUGAAUAGGGACAAAACGACACUCUUUUUUAAUGGAACAGUUGAUGAAGGAUCAAGGUAG